GGCGUGGUCUAUGGUGUCUGCUGAUCCUGGACACCAGGGAAUUACAGGAAAUGGGUGGAGUUUUCGCUGUGCAGUGACAGAUCUUGAGGCCGCAACGCUGCUAAAGCUACGGAAUGGGAACUGGCACUGAAUGCGGAGACCAGCACAUUCGGUGAUGACGACUGAGGUUGCUCACUGUCUUUUUGAAUUACACCUACUGAUCCAGUAGGAAGUAUUGGGUGACAGGGCUGUCAACAUGAGUGGACAACGUGUGGAUGUCAAAGUGGUUAUGUUGGGAAAGGAGUCUGUGGGAAAAACCAGCCUGGUAGAAAGAUACGUUCACCACAGAUUCCUUCAGGGACCUUAUCAGAAUACUAUUGGAGCAGCAUUUGUAGCUAAAUCCAUGUGUGUCAAUGGACAAAAUGUGACAAUGGGAAUAUGGGAUACUGCUGGAUCUGAGCGUUAUGAAGCAAUGAGUCGCAUAUAUUACAGAGGGGCCAAAGCUGCUGUUGUAUGUUAUGAUCUCACAGACAGCAGCAGUUUCGAGCGAGUGAAAUUUUGGGUGACUGAAUUACAGAACUAUGAGGAGCACUGCCGUAUUUAUAUCUGUGGAACCAAAAGUGACCUUGUAGAGAAUAAGAGCCAGCGGCGAGUUGAUUUCCAUGAUGUGCAAGAUUAUGUAGAUGAGAUUAAAGCCUAUGUCUGCGAGACCUCUAGUAAAACCGGACAAAGUGUAGAUGAAUUGUUCCAGAAAGUAGCAGACGACUAUGUUACCUGCAAUGCAUUUCAAGUUCUUUCAGAGGCAAAAGGAGUGGACCUAAAUCAAAAAAGAGAUGCCUUUUCCUAUGCCUGCUGUCAUCACUAGGGAAAUGUGCCAAGUGCCAGGGCAUCUACUUGCUUCUGAGACUGCGAUUGUUCAGUUUAUUUUUAUUAUUUGGUGCAGUGACUUUUGCCCAGUGCAAGAUAUUGUAAUCUUCGUUACUGUUGAAGAGGAAGAUAUUUUUCUGAAUAUAGAUUGUGAUAUUUAUGGAUAUUAUUUGAUAGCAUUGGAAGUAACAACAAUAUGUCUGAAGGAAUACACAGAAACACUACCAGGAAAUAGCAAAGGUUGUUACUUGGGCUAGCAAAUAAACAUAUUCUUGAAAUGCAGAAAGGUUAUAUGCUGUUACCUCUGUAAAAAGAAAUUUCAUAUUCGUUAAGAUGUAAAAAAAAGUAGUGGUUUUCCAAAUCCCCACAUACUGAGCCGUCAGUUAUGCUUGAUUUUAGCCUUAUUUUAUUUUGAUAAAUAGAACUGUAAUUUUGGUCUAUGUAAAUAAACAAACUAAAGCACAUAA